CUGGUCCUCAAUGACAGCCAAAACGUUUUGUUGACAAAACUCGUAUUUUCAUAAUAUAAAUUUGGCCACAGACCUCCAGCAAGUUUUUAUAUUUUCUCAAAAAAUACUAUGCAAUUAAAUUAAAUUAUUUUAAACAAACAAAAAAAUGCCAAUCGAAGGUGAAUUAGAACAAAGAGGAAUUGCUGAUCUACUGCUACAGGAAUCAAACGUGACAAUCCUUUUGCAAUUGGCAAAAAGUUUAACCAAGAAUGUCAUUGAAAUUGAUUCAAAUGAAGAGGCUCUUAAAACAGUCUUCAUGCACAUGCCAAGUGUACACGCUUUGCUAAGCAAACGAGCAAUAACAAAAGAAAUCCUCUUCAAAUAUGUCCACAGUAAUCAAAUUCCCGUGACGAUAGAUUUCACAAAAUCCAUUCUAAUCAAUAAAAUAAUAGAAUACUGGGAGAGGGGAGGGCCUUUCGCCAGAAUCAACAAUUCCAUAACGGAAAUAAACGCCUCUCAAAGUGAAUCCAAUUCCCAACCAAACACAACCCAAAUCGAAGAAACACAAUUACCAAUUAACCUUUUGGCGCGUAAAUUCUCCGAAUGGUUCUUCGAGAACUACAAUGCGAAUAACUUAAAAGUCGAGGAUUUCUGGAAAGAUUCUCGUCUCCUCCUGCGGAUAGCAGCAACCGACUGUGUUAACGAUCAACAAUGUGAGAGUGCGGAACAAGUUAUAGAAACUUUACUCGGAUGCAAGCAUCAGUUUAGUUUCUUCUUCAAUCCGAAUCUCUCGCAUGAUGGAGUUCAAGGACGAAUGGAUGUUCAUGGGUUGGUUAUUGUUUUGGUUUGUGGAACUCUUCACACGAAAGAUAAUUGUGUUGGAGUCUUUGAGACAUCAUUUGGAUUGAUGAGAGAUCCAUUUGCAAUGAAUAAUUGGAAGAUAAAAACAAUACAAAGUUUGUUGAGAUCUCAAGGAGCUCCCAAGGAACCGAGAUUGAGUGAAAGUGAUACGUUGAGAGCAUCACUUGCAUUACCUGCGCCGACGGGUGAAAUAUCAUAGUCGAUUGGAUAGAAGCCAUUAGUGGAAAAAUGGUUUUUUAAAAAUUAAAUAUGACCCUUAAAAAAAAUUGUUGUUUUCUUUUUUUGUUUGUUAAUUAAUUUAGUAUUUUUAUUUAAAUAAAAAACAAAAGACUUGAGUCAUCAUUAAAAAUAA